AUGAGGCAAGAACCUGUCUUAGUUUCUAGUCGAAUUGUGAAUGGCUAUCCGGAUGCCACUCAAGACAUGAACUACAAGAGAGAUGAUGAUCUUUCCCUGUUGCUUACAUCUUAUUUUAAGACGAAUGAAUUGAGAAAUAACUUUGAUCAAAUUACCGAGGGAUUUAAGAAAUCUAUUUUCGAAGCAAUCUUAAAAUCUGGCAACUGUAUGAUUCCUUGUUUUAAUGUCGUUUGUGAAGAAAAUGAUGAAGUUAAGGGAAAUUUUGCAAUUAUCGAUAUUGGAGGAUCUACUCUUCGAGUUUCAAUAGUAAAAUUCUACGGUGAUCGUCAAGCUGAAUGUACGAUAAAUAAAUCUUGGUUAAUUGAAGAUCAAAAUAAAAACCUUGACCACAAAUUCUUUCAAUGGGUCGCUGAGAAUUUUAAAUCAGUCGUCCCUGCAGAUAUCAUAGAAUCUUUAAAGAAUUCUAGAGGUAAUAUCAAGCUAGGAAUUACUUGGAGUUUCCCAAUUAAUCAAACUACAUCGCCAAAUAGAGGAAACAUUUCCGAUUUGGGCAAAGGGUUCUCUGUUAUUGACGAAUUUAAAGAGAAAGAUAUGAAAGAUAUCUUUGAGGAGUCAUUUGCAAAAGUUGCUAUUCCAGUAGAAGUCUAUUCUAUUGUCAAUGAUUCGACUUCUGUACUAAUUACUGGAUCAUAUUUCAAAAAUGCGAAAUUGGGUCUAGUUCAAGGUACUGGUGUCAAUUCUUGUUUUUUAGUUGAUUCUUGUUUAUUAAAUGAUACCAAAAAGAAUGCUUUACCGGGGAAUUCAGACAAUAAAAAGAUAUUACUUAACUCUGAAGCAUCAUUUUUAGGUGCCCAUUUGAAGGAGUACGUUACUAGUGCCGAUGUGAAAUUGAAUGGUCUCUGGGAUAUUAUGGGUGAUGGCUCCACUCUUCCUCCUCACUUGACUACCGAGGCCUACGGAGUUUUCCAACCUUUGGAAAUUAUGACUUCUGGAAGAUAUAUUCCUGAAAUUGUGAGAUUGACUGUUGAGAAAAUUAUUGCUGAUGGAUAUGAAUCGUUUGAAGGGGGUGUGCCUAAAGGCCUCGAAGCAGAAUAUUCAUUGACCGCAGAAUGUUUAUCAACUUUAUAUCAAUGUGAGAACCUCGAGAGUUUCCAGUCGGCUUUGAAUAAAAAAUUUCCGGCGAAGGGCUUAAAAAUUCAAGACUUGAAUAAUUUGAAAAUAAUAACAAAGGUGAUUAUUCUUCGUGCUUCCAUCAUUUUAGCAUCCUAUAUAAUUGCCUUGCUUGAAGUUAGUGGAACUACUAACAUCCCUAAUGCGGAUAUAGCUGUUGUUGGAUCAAUGCUUGAACAUUUUCCAAAAUAUAAAUCAAAAGUUCUUGAAAUUUUGGAUGUUGAAACAAAGGCUCGUGGUUUGCCAAAGGUCACAUUCAAUUUUAUAAAGGACAGUAGUAUAUACGGAGCAAGUAUUGCAGCUUACGUUAACCAAAAGAAAAUGAGCUUAGAUUGA